CUUGAAAAUAAACGUAGAGCGGAAGAUCAAGAGAAAGCGUACGUGGCAGCUGAAGGAAGUGGCUAAUAUUUCAAAGAGUUGAGUUUUCAUGCAAUAUUUCAAAGAGAGGUGAGGAUCAUAGAUCACCAGCUAUGGAGAAAGUUAUUAGUUCUCAUGCAUGCAAUUAAUGACUUUUUCCUUUUAGUACUGCUCAGAAAAGGAAUCCGUUUAGUUACUAAAGCCUGAAGUAUCUAUUGAUCACAACGUACACUGCACCUUGUAGUCUCUAUUCAGAAUACUGCCCGGCCUCGUGGUUGUGCAAGGUUGUUGGUUGUUCCCUUGCGGUGCGUGGUUGCUGCAAAAGAGAUGUUCACAGCUAGCUAGUACUCAUGGCUCCCUGCUACUCAUGCUGCUGCUGUUCUGGUUUUGGGAUCGAUGGACACUCCAAGUUGUAUUUAAGCAUUAUUAAUAUAUAUAUAUAUAUAUAUAUAUAUGUAUGUGGGCGUGUCUAUAUAUCUAUUAUAUUAUAAUAAGUUAUUAUUUAACUGUUACAGUAACUUUUUUUUAUAUAUUUUUCUGUUAACUUUUUUUGUUUUCUGUUAAGUCUGUUUGUGUUAUAAUUAAGUCCUUUAAUUUCUUGUUUUAGAGAUACAAUUGUCUUUUUCUACUUCUCUCUCAUUUCCGAUUCUAUCUCUCCUCUCAUUUCAAACCCCUCUCCCACUCUAUGAUGUCUAUCUCUCUACCUAAUCCUCUUAAACUCAACCUCUCACGCGUUUCCCUUUCAUAAUAUUUGUCUAUAUUAUUAUAAUGUAUCUGGAUUUUAAUUUUAAACUAAUUUUUUUGUUUUCUAAUGCAUCUAAAUAUGUAAUUAUUAUACUCACCAGUCACCGACCUAUCAUUAUUCAAAGAUAUUAGCAAACAUUUUUUUUCUCUCUACGCAUUAAAUUAUUCAUUCAUCAAGUUUUUUUUUUCAAAAAAACCAUAAUAUUUUUGUAAAAAAAUCUGUUUACCUGGUAAAAAAUCUGUUUAAUCCAACUAGGUAAACGUACUCCUAACCUGAUAUAUGUAUAUAUAUACACACAUAUUGAUCAGUUCUUGGAACUUUGAAUAAAGCUUUAAUUUUGAAGUUUUUCUUUUGUCUUCCAGAGAAGAUACUUUUGGAACGUGCAUGAAUAAAUGUAUACAUAGUUUAUAAAUGUUUCUUUUGAAAAUAUUUUAAAAUUAGGAAGUUAAUUUUUUUUUUGAGCCAUUAGGAAGUUAAUCUGAUAAUUUAUAAGGAUAUAUACAAUUAAAACCAACACGAAAUUAAAGUUUUCUUCUAUAUAAGACUUUGUUGAGGGGGACCGGUCUCGUUAGAAUUUAAAAAGCAAUAUACAUAAAGCGUGUCGGUAGAAUUUGUGGGGACCGGUCUCGGUGGCCCUAGCAUUGCUUAGGAGGAUUUAUUAUCUACUAAUUCUGCCUAGUACUUAAGUGCAAAAUCCGCUUUUGAAUUUGGGUGUAUUUUUUUAAGUAUUCCCUUAAAUAAUUUAAAAAAAAUUAAAAAUUAAAAAUUUAUAAAAAAAUAUUUUCUCAAUUAUUAAAUAAAAAAUAAUAAUAAAUUGAUAGAAAAUGUCGGCCGUCCUCAGUAAGAGUACUAGUAUUUUCCAAAUCCUCCUACCUACCUGAAAAUAAUUUUAUUGAUUUAUAUUUUUAAUGCUCCUUAUUUUCUACCUUAGGCCCUUUCCAAUUAAUUGUUCAUCAGGCCAACUUGAAUUCUCUCUAUGUUAGCUUGUUUUAUAAGAGGCAGCCGCAAAGAAAGAUUGGUUAUUUCUGAAGCACAGAUCAGACCCAAAAAAGGCCAGCGAUGGCUUUGCAUGCGGGGAGUUACUUCUGAAGCACAGAGCAAAGGCAACCGCAAAGAAAGAUAAGUUAUUUCCGAAGCACAGAUCAGAAAAAAAGGUCAGCCAUGGCUUUGCAUGGAAAGCUUUUGCAACAUCUAGUAGUGCUGCUACUGCUAAUUAUUGGGGUCCAGCUAGUUUUAUCAGCACCUAAACCCAACAAUCCGAGCUGCAACCGCACAUGCGGAUCUGUUAAUAUCCCCUACCCAUUUGGCAUAGGCAAGGACUGCUACUCUGAUCCAUCUUUUCUCAUCAUAUGUAACUACUCUUUCCAGCCCCCAAAACCAUUUCUGGGCGUUGAUAAUAUAGAAGUCCUCAACAUCUCUCUUGAUGAUGGUGAACUUCGAGUCUCAAACUUGGUAUUCCGUCGUUGCCAAUGGUGGCCAGAGUAUGAUAAUCAGAAGAGUCUCCGCCGCAUGUCUGCCUUGCUCAGCUUGUCGAAAUUUCGCAUCUCACUUAAGAAGAACAGUAUCUUUGCUGUCGGUUGUAAUUUUUUCGCCUACAUUAGUGUUUCGCAUGAACAAGAUUAUACGUUCAUGUCUGGUUGCAUAUCAUUCUGUGGCAACAGUUCCGGUUUGGUUAACGGCUCUUGCUCUGGCCUUGGCUGUUGCCAUUCUGCUAUCCCAGAAAACACAACGAAUUAUAAUUUGGCCGUUCAGAGUAUUUACACUAAUGGAUCCAGCAGAACCUCGGGGCAAUCAUGUGGUUUAGGUUUUAUUGGGGAAACACAGGCAUACAACUUUUCCACCUUAGAUUUUACAAAUUUAACGAACAGGGAGACUGUACCCCUGGUGCUUGAUUGGGCAAUUGAAAAUAAGAAAUGCAAAGAUGCUGAGAAAAAUAUGACAAGCUAUUUAUGCAAAGCAGCCAAUAGUUGUUUGGAAGCCAAAGGUCUUGGGUAUAUUUGCAAGUGCCCCGACGGUUAUGAAGGGAACCCAUACCUUCCUGAUGAAGACAAGGAUAGUUGCAAAGAUAUUGAUGAGUGCAAACAUAGUCCGUAUCCCUGCAAUGCUACUGCAAUAUGUACCAACACUAAAGGGAGCUACACAUGUACAUGUCCCAAUGGAUAUGUCGGCGAUGGGAGGAAUCCGCAUGGAACGACAGGUUGUAGUCGAAAAGACCAAUCAAAGAUCAUCAUUAUUGCCCUGGGUAUCAGCAUAAGCCUCUUGAUCCUGCUUGUGGGAACUUCAUUGGUAUAUUGGGUAAUGCAAAGAAGAAAGCUCAUAAAACUGAAAGAGAACUUCUUCCAACAAAAUGGUGGCUUAAUCUUACAACGACAACUCUUGAAUCACAAAGAAUCAGUUGAGCCAGCCAAAAUCUUUAGCGCAAAAGACCUUGAAAAGGCCACUAACAACUAUGAUAAAAGUAGAGUCCUUGGUCAAGGAGGCUUCGGAACUGUUUAUAAAGGAGUUUUAUCAGAUGACAAAGUGGUGGCCAUUAAGAAGUCCAAUGUUGUUGAUCAGAGCCAGAUUGAGCAAUUUAUAAAUGAGGUAGUUGUGCUUACUAAAAUUAACCAUAAGAAUGUGGUUAAGUUAUUAGGUUGUUGUCUUGAGACCGAAGUACCCUUACUAGUAUACGAGUUCAUCACGAACGGAACACUUUUUGACCAUAUUCAUGAUAAAAACCUAUCAUCCUCGCUCUCAUGGGAAAAACGUUUGAAGGUGGCAUCGGAAACCGCAGGAGCCUUAGCAUACAUACAUUUCGAGACUUCUAUGUCUAUUAUACAUAGAGAUGUGAAAACUACAAAUAUACUUUUGGAUGAUAACCACACAGCAAAAGUGUCUGACUUUGGAGCUUCAAGACUGGUUCCUCUUGACCACACACGAUUAACAACCGUGGUGCAGGGAACUUUGGGAUACUUGGACCCAGAAUACUUCCAUACUAGCCAACUAACUGAAAAAAGUGACGUCUAUAGUUUUGGUGUUGUUAUUGCAGAGCUACUAACAGGUGAAAAGGCACUUUCCAUGGAUAGGCCGGAAACUGAAAGAAAUCUAGCAAUGCAUUUUGUUAUUGCAAUGAAAGAGGAUCGCCUACUUCAAAUUAUUGAUGAUCGCAUUCUUACAGAAGGUAAUAUUGAAGAAAUAAAGGAAGUUGCAAAUAUAGCCAAAAAGUGCUUAAAGGUAAGAGGGGAGGAUAGACCUAGCACGCAGCAAGUAACAAAGGAGCUGGAGGGAUUAAGACUUCUAGAAAAACACUCGUUGAAAAGGGUUGAUCCCAACACACAACAAAUCACUAAGCCUUUGCCCAAUGCACCUACACAUUCUUCAGGAACUGAUGUUGACAUUGGCAGCUCUUCUAUGAGUACCAUUGUUGCAGAUGACAGCAUGAAAAAUCAAAUACUAAAACCAACAGAUAAUGAUGCCAGAUAAUUUGUUCAUCCACAUUGAAGGCUAGCUAGCAUAGCCUAUCUCUCGUAGACAUUCAUCAUCACCACCCAUUGCUAGCCAUCCACGUACACUCAUUUUCUCCAAUUGUUUACUUGCCCCUUGCCACCUACAAGUGCUUUCUUACUCUCUCUUUCUGCCUCUCAACCACCUUCUUCCUCCAAUUCGAUCUCUUCCCACCCCUUAGAUCUCUCUCUCUCUCUCUCUCUCUCUCUCUCUCUCUCUCUCUCUCUCUCUCUCUCUCUCUCUCUCUCUCUCUCUCAUAUAUAUAGAUAUAU